GCGGAUUUUCGACAAGUACCAGUAAACAACCUGACACCUGUUUGUAUAUUCACGAUGGCGACUGAUGUGGCUUUUGACACGAGCAUGGGCUCGUUCACAGUAGAGCUCUACAAUGCGCAUGCGCCCAAGACGUGUAAGAACUUUGCGACGCUUGCGCAACGAGGCUACUAUAACAAUGUCAUCUUCCACCGCAUUAUCCCCAACUUCAUGGUACAAACCGGCGAUCCUACCGGCACUGGCAGAGGAGGAAGCUCAAUCUACGGCGAGAAAUUCGAGGAUGAGAUUAAUCCUAAUCUCAAGCAUACCGGCGCUGGGAUCCUGAGCAUGGCAAACAGCGGGCCCAAUACCAACGGCAGUCAGUUUUUCAUUACGCUGGCACCGACGCCGUGGUUGGAUGGAAAGCACACUAUUUUCGGCCGCGUCAAGAGCGGCAUGAGGGUGAUCCAGCGCAUGGGACUGGUCAAGACAAACUCGGAAGACCGGCCUAUGGAUGAGGUGAAGAUUCUCCGUGCCAGAAUCGUGGAGGAGACAGGAGAUGAGUGAGGGGGUCUUAUAGCAGAUGGUUAUGGGCAUUCAUCCGCAAAAGCUAUACAGCAUCCUAGCAACAGCGGUCUUCAGAUAUGAUACGGGCUGUUGGCAUCGAUGGCAGACGUUGGGACCGUAACUCAGCACUGCACUCUUCCGAGAGCAAUGCAGAGUACGAGCAGCUGCGCGUUCAUUACAUAGCAGAGCCACGUCCGUCGAAACACUAGUCGCCUCCAGUUGACGUCUGCAGCGCAACGGCAGCUUCAUAUAGAAACAGAUUACAGAUUAGAAUAGGAAUGUUUCACUACAAAACGAACCGCUUCCAUCAGAUGUUACCAUCCGGAGCAGCAGAUACAGAGUGAAAUGUCUAUCUACCACUCCUAUAGCACAAGACCAGUGAAGGCUU